AUAACGGAGCGUGUGUCUUGCUGGGACACAGUGAGGGUCUAACCUGUGGUUUGCGGAGCGGUCGGGUGUAUUCUCCGUUCGCCCCCACGCCCUCGAGGCCCCCGCCUCGACCAACUGGCGGAGCCCGCCAGUGGUUCCUGCGGCGCCCUCCCGCACCGGAUCGCUCCUCGCUGGGGCGGGACCUGUCCCGACGGCUCCGGUCGCUAUGAGUGAAACAUCUUUCGACCUAAUAUCAGAAAAAUGUGACAUUCUGUCAAUUCUUCGGGCUCAUCCUGAAAACAGGAUUUACCAGAGGAAAAUCCAGGAACUCAGCAAGAGGUUCGCUGAGAUCCGCAAGACCAAGGGGGACGGCAACUGCUUCUACCGGGCCUUGGGCUAUUCCUACCUGGAGUCUCUGCUGGGGAAGAGCAGGGACGUCCUCAGGUUCAAAGAGCGCGUCCUGCAGACCCCAAAUGACCUUCUGGCUGCCGGUUUUGAAGAGCACAAGUUCCGAAACUUCUUUAAUGCUUUUUACAGCGUGGUGGAACUCGUAGAGAAGGACGGCUCGGUGUCCAGCCUGCUGAAGGUGUUCAAUGACCAGAGCACCUCAGACCGGAUCGUGCAGUUCUUGCGCCUGCUCACCUCGGCCUUCAUCAAGAACCGCGCGGACUUCUUCCGACACUUCAUCGACGAGGAGAUGGACAUCGAGGACUUCUGCAUUCACGAAGUGGAGCCCAUGGCCAUGGAGUGUGACCACAUCCAGAUCACAGCCCUGUCUCAGGCACUGAACAUCGCCCUACAGGUGGAGUAUGUGGACGAGAUGGACACGGCCCUGAACCACCACGUGUUCCCCGAGGCUGCCACCCCUUCCGUUUACCUGCUCUAUAAAACAUCCCACUACAACAUCCUUUAUGCAGCUGAUAAAUGUGAAUUACCUUUAGGACACGCAGUGGAGCCUGCCACCUAACGGGACUACAUUCCAAAUGGAACAUUCUGACUUUUCACUUUUUUAAAGCAACUUAGACUACAGUUAGAAAACGUACAGCCUUUUGGGCCAAGUGGCCGGCAAUGUGGCCCACCCGUCACGGACUGUGGUAACUUGGUGAUAUUCUCAGUAUUUAUUUUCAUGGAGGAUCA